AUGGCGUAUCAGAACAAUGCCUCGAUCGCUCAUGUGAAUGCAAACAGCCGUGAAAGAAUUGGCAAGGUCUUUCACUCGUCCGGCCUGAAGACUGCUGAAUCAUGGGAAGUUCUGGUGAAGACCGGAUUGGGAGUGAAAGGAAUUCGCGUGGGCCGCACAUUCUACCUGUGGCCAGGCCAGCGCGUCAGUGCUGUCAACAUGAAGCCUCGCAACAUCUCCUUCAACCUGCACAGACAAGGCCCCAUGCUCGUGCCAUUCGACAUCCCUGUGACUUUCACCAUCGCGCCGCGCAACCCCGACGUUGACGAGGAAGGUUUCAAGCGCUAUGCCAGCCGCAUGAAUGGCCUGAACGAGGGAGAAUUCUACACCAUCCUCACAGGGGUCAUCCAUGGCCAGACGCGUAUCCUGGCAGGCACGCUGACUGUGCUAGAGAUCUUCAAAGGCCGUGAGAAGUUCAAGCAGCAUGUUCAGCAAAAUGUGGAGAAGGAGCUCGUGCCUUACGGCAUGUCAGUCACAAAUGCCAACAUCUCCGAGCUGCGCGACAUGCCCGGCGAGGACAACCGCUACUUUGAGAGCCUUAAGCAGAAGGCCAUCUCCAAAGCCACCAACAAUGCCAGGGUUGAGGUGUCAGCAAACAAGAGGGAGGGAGAUGUUGGCACCAAGCGGAUGGAGGGAGAGGCCAUCAAGGAGACAGCCAAGAUUAACUCUGAGAACACCCAAGCACAGAAUUUGAGGCAGCAGGAGAUUGAGACAUCCAACACCCAGCUGCAUCUCCUCAAGCUGGACAUGAAGCAGAAGCAGGCGGUGCGCGAGCAGGAGGCUAACAUAGCGCCCAAGCUCAAGGCGGCAGAGCUGCAGACCAACCUCAACAGGAUGGCGGCCGAGCAGCACCUGGAGUUCCUGCGCUCCACCCAGCUCAUGGAGGCUACCGUGCAGGCGGACAUUGCCAAGGUGAUGGCGGACGGCCAGGCGAGCGCCAAAAAGGCGCUGGCGGACGCUGAGCUGUACGCGCAGGAGAAACAGGCGCAGGCCCUCAAGGCCAAGCUGACCGCGCAGGCAUGUGCGGGGUGUGCACAGGCGGAGGGGCUGAAGGACUUCAUGAGCGCUGCCGAUGCGGAUCUCACCAAAUUCUACCUCGCCCUCGAGCACAACCUCUUCCCCACCAUCGCAAGCGAGAUGGCGGCCGCGGUGCAGGGCCUCAACCCCAAGAUCAACAUCUGGACGACGGGCGGAGAGGCCGGGGCAGCCGACGCGAUGGCGCCUCUGCGCAACCUCUUUACCUCCCUGCCGCCCAUGCUGGAGGCUGUGCAGGAGCAGACCGGCAUGAAGCUCCCCUCCUGGAUGCCGCAGCACUCCCCUUCGGGCACUACCCCUAACUAG